AUGCCGUUCAAGGUCUCCACUGUUCAGUCUUCGCCUAUCGACGGCCAGAAGCCCGGAACUUCUGGCCUCCGAAAGAAGGUGAAAGUUUUCAAGCAGCCACAUUACUUGGAAAAUUUCGUUCAAUCAACAUUCAAUGCCCUCACGACAGAGAAAGUGAGAGGUGCCACACUGGUUGUUUCUGGAGAUGGCCGUUACUAUUCUAAGGAUGCUGUUCAGAUAAUUGUCAAGAUGGCAGCUGCCAAUGGGGUGAGGCGUAUUUGGGUUGGUCAGAAUUCGUUGCUUUCAACUCCUGCUGUCUCUGCUGUGAUUCGUGAAAGAGUUGGAGCAGAUGGAUCCAAGGCAACAGGUGCAUUUAUAUUGACAGCGAGUCACAAUCCAGGUGGCCCUGAUGAGGAUUUUGGGAUCAAAUAUAACAUGGAGAACGGUGGUCCAGCUCCAGAGGGAAUCACGGAUAAAAUUUAUGAGAACACCAAAACGAUAAAGGAGUAUUUAACAUCUGAUGUUCCAGAUGUAGACAUUUCAUCAAUUGGUGUUACUAGCUUCUCAGGACCGGAGGGACAGUUUGAUGUGGAAGUUUUUGACUCCGCAAGUGAUUAUGUAAAAUUGAUGAAGACUAUCUUUGACUUUCAGUCAAUCAAGAAGCUGAUCACAUCUCCAAACUUCAGUUUUUGCUACGAUGCACUACAUGGAGUUGCUGGUGCUUAUGCGCAUCGCAUUUUUGUGGAGGAGCUUGGUGCACAGGAGUCUGCAUUGUUGAACUGUGUCCCUAAGGAAGACUUUGGAGGAGGCCAUCCUGAUCCCAACCUCACGUAUGCAAAGGAAUUAGUUGCAAGGAUGGGGCUGGGAAAAUCAAACACUGAUGUUGAACCACCAGAAUUUGGGGCUGCUGCAGACGGUGAUGCAGAUCGCAACAUGAUCCUGGGUAAAAGGUUCUUUGUUACCCCAUCAGAUUCUGUGGCUAUAAUUGCUGCAAAUGCAGUUGAAUCCAUCCCCUACUUCUCUUCUGGCCUCAAGGGAGUUGCCAGGAGCAUGCCAACAUCAGCUGCCCUUGAUGUUGUGGCCAAAAGUCUGAACUUAAAAUUUUUUGAGGUCCCCACUGGCUGGAAGUUCUUUGGUAACUUGAUGGAUGCUGGUUUAUGUUCAGUGUGUGGUGAAGAAAGUUUCGGAACUGGCUCUGACCAUAUUCGUGAGAAAGAUGGAAUUUGGGCCGUCCUGGCUUGGCUAUCCAUAUUGGCUUACAAAAAUAAGGACAAUCUCAGUGGUGGAAAGCUUGUGACAGUAGAAGAUAUAGUUCGCAAGCACUGGGCUACUUAUGGUCGUCACUAUUAUACUCGUUAUGAUUAUGAGAAUGUCGAUGCAGGUGCAGCGAAAGAACUGAUGGAGAACUUGGUCAACCUCCAAUCCAAUCUCUCUGCGGUUAAUGAGACCGUGAAGGGGAUACGGUCAGAUGUCUCCAAGGUCGCCCACGCUGAUGAAUUUGAAUACAAAGAUCCUGUCGAUGGUUCCAUCUCUGCACACCAGGGUGUACGAUAUCUGUUUGAGGAUGGCUCUCGACUGGUUUUCCGCCUCUCAGGAACAGGAUCAGUGGGUGCAACCAUCCGCCUCUAUAUUGAACAGUAUGAGAAGGACCCAUCAAAGAUCGGGAGAGAUUCUCAAGAAGCACUUUCUCCUCUGGUGGAGGUAGCUUUAAAGCUCUCCAAGAUGGAAGCAUACACCGGCCGGUCUGCUCCCACUGUCAUCACAUAG